AUGGUCCGGAUACAACCUCUCAGAGCAGCGCCACGCUCUUUAUACAUAUGCCAAACCUGUCGCCAUGCCCGACCCCAACUACCGUCCAGCUCGCGAUCCUCUCCGCAGCAAACAACACGCAGCAUAACUCGCGUCCAUGUCGAAAAGAUCAAGAGGAGCCAGGAGGAAUGGCGCGAGAGAUCAGACCUCAUAAGCAGUGGUCAGGCACCAUCUAUGCUUAGCCGCCUUGAAGAGAGGGGGUAUAUCAAUCAGAUCGUUGGGCCUCGUGACGACCUAGAAAACCUCCUGACCAUGCGGCGCAUUGGGGUCUAUGCUGGUAUAGACCCGACUGCUCCGUCUAUGCAUCUUGGCCAUUUGAUACCGUUCAUGGCGUUGGCCUUCUUUUACAUCCAUGGCUACAGUGUUCAUUACCUGCUUGGAGGCUUUACUGCGUCCAUCGGAGACCCCACUGGGCGUCUUACUGGCAGGGCAGAGCAAUCACCCGGGCUCCGAAAGACGAAUAUGGCUUCUUUGCACAACCAGCUCAAAAGAUUCAUGGCUUCAGUCGAAAAGUAUGCAGAGCGCCGAGGCUAUUUGAGAGAGUGGGCUUGGAGGAAAGCACUAACUAAUAACGCGGCCUGGUGGAGCAAGACAACUGCGAGAGAUUUCCUUUUUGUCCUUGGGAGGCACGUUCGUUUAGGUCCGAUGCUAGGUAGAGACACCGUCAAGAAUAGACUCGACGGUGAUGGCAUGUCAUUCUCGGAGUUCAGCUAUCCUCUGGUCCAAGCCUAUGACUGGUGGCAUCUUUUCCAACAGGGAGUUCAACUACAAAUCGGUGGUGCAGACCAGUUUGGAAACAUUCUCACAGGGACCGAGCUCAUCAAAUCCAUCGCCAAAGAAGACCAUCCCUACCAGACGGCACUCAGAGAUUUAGCGGCGACAGAAAGGAAGAGUAGGAUACGGACAACGAACGACCCCUUCGGAUUCACCGUUCCUCUGUUGACCACUGUAUCCGGUGAAAAAUUCGGCAAAAGUGCUGGGAAUGCUGUCUGGCUCGACGAGAGCAUGACUAGUCCAUUUGAGCUCUACCAGUUUCUCCUGCGUUCUGCAGAUGCCGAUGUCGAAAAAUUCCUACGACUUCUGACUUUUGUCCCGUUGGAAGAGAUAAAAGGCCUGAUGGAGCAACAUGAGCAGGAUGCCUCAAAACGAAUUCCACACCACAAACUGGCCAAAGAGAUUGUAGAACUAAUCCACGGCUUGGGAGCUGCAGACAAAGCUGAGGCCGAGCAUCGAGGGUUGUACGGAAAGGCGGUCAGUGUCAACGGCAUCUUGCAGACUGUCGACACUCAAAAGAAAGAAAGUUCGAAAGGAAAUGGGAAAGCAGGAUUUAUAAAUCCCCAAGUCAACAAACACGCCCAACCGUUGUCUAGAGAGACUACAGGGACACCGCAUAUCCAGUUGCCGAGAAGCCUAGUCAUUGGGCAACCUUUGAGUCGAAUCUGCUGGUCUGCUGGGCUCACCUCUUCAAAAUCGGAAGCGCAGCGACUCAUCAGUGCUGCAGGUUUGUAUAUCGGGGCGAAUGCGGAUGCAAAAGGAGGAAUGGACGACGCACUCAGCUUUACGCCCGCUAAAAGUGCCAGUUGGGAUUUACUUGAGAGAUACAUCAUCGAUGAGAAGCUCCUGAUCCUACGAGUUGGAAAAUGGAAGAUGAAAAUCAUCAACAUCGUGUCCGAUACGGAGUUCGCUCAAUCUGGGCAGACCUGCCCUGGAUGGGAUCAGAAGGUGGAGGAUGCACCCAAGUCAAGCUAA